GUGAAAACUAAAAUAAAUUAAUUUCCAAUGUCAAUUAUAAUCUAACAUCCCCAGUGCGUACGUAUAAAAGGCGUUCAUGUCCUCACAUUUAUCCAUAGCCUGCUGAAGGUAUUAACCAGAAACUUGAACGGUUGCUGAAGUAUAAGGUAUGUUUUAUAUAAACAGUUUAAUUAUGUAGCCUAAUUUGUGUGUUUUAUAUAGAUGGUUUUUAUUUAUAUUGUGCAAGCAUUGUAUUGACAGGAACGAUCCCAUGAAAUGAACUAAUUUGUCAUCACUUAUCGAAACACAUUAUAGUGAACAAUUUAGUCACUCUGCAUGACCACCUGCAGUGCUGCACUGUGUCCCAAACCAGCGUGUCGAAGCUACUCUUUAUUUAAUAAUGACUACAUUAGAGUCAUUGCUUGUUGUACAAUCUAUAAGUUUUAUAUGUAUAGCAUAUGCGGUUUCUCUUACUUUUUUAUUCUUAUACAUCAUUUAUUUUUUCGCAGGAUUGAGAUGUUUAAUCGCUUGUUAUUAGCAACCACUCUAGUUCUAGCAGGUAAACUGACAUUAUUUUUACGAUAGUUAAAUUCAACAUAUGCAGGAUGCUAAAUUCAGUAAACUGUUGUACAGCAUAGUUUAUGCGAAAUAUUUAUUCUCUAACAUUGAAUACUGCUAUUUUUGCCUAUAUUUCAAAAAUUAAUAUUUACACCGGAAUUAUAUUCAUUUACCAGAAAUAUUUAUAUUCGAACUAGCUUAAACGCCAAUAUUCAAUAUACCCCCUAUAUACUAAUGAGCUUAAUUAAGGAAUCGUACAAAGAGCUGAGAUCAUUAAUAUUGCUAGCACAAAGUACGUUAUACUUGCUAUUAAUAUAGUUAUAUAAAUAUAAUAUCUUCUUCAUCAAAAUAACAUGGUUCCAAUGAUAAUGUUUCCAAUUUUAUUGUUUAGUGUGGAUCUCUGUGACGACUGCAGCGAACGAGACGUGCAAAAAUGGAGGGAUUGCGGGCGGGUCCUAUCACCAAGUUUGUACUUGUGGUUCCGGCUUCAAGGGAUAUGACUGCAGUCAGAGAGGUAAGCGGUUUAAGGUAUCAGAGUAACGAUUCAGUCAACCCCUGGUCAAACGAGGAUGAGAGUUGAUGAUGGAGAUUUCGAGCUCUAGAGUGUUCCAACUACACACGUAAAAGCGCACAAGCUGUAACAAACCUGUAGCAGACUUGUAGCAAUGCUGUUGCAACAACUUGUCAACAGGAUGUGUUCGCACUGCUUGUUCCCAGCUUGUUGACAAGUUGUCAACGGCUUCUUGACAACUCUUGCUACAAGGUUGUUGAGCUCAACAGAUUUGUUACAAGUUGUUCCAACAACUUCAUAUCAUCCUGCAAUUCGACAAUUUGUCAACAAGUUGUGAGUGACAACCUUUUAGCAACUUGAUAAAAUAACAGCAUUGUUACAACUUGUUGACAAGCUUGCUACAAGCCUGUUGCGAACACAUCUUGUUGACAAGUUGUGAGAUUUUUACAGUUUUGAGAGAGACACACUUUAGGAAUAAUUUUAGUACUACAUGCACUCUAAUUGACAUAGAAACCUAUUUAGGAAACAAUAUAUAGAUAAUAAGUGAAUUUUCUUUAUGCCUCUAGUGAGACCUUGUGAAGCACGUCCUUGUAGAAAUGGAGGAAAGUGUUCGGAAAACAGAGACGGAACUUUCACAUGUACUUGUACAGCUAUUCACAAAGGCAUCUUGUGUGAACAAAGAGGUUAGAUAUUCAAAUAUUUAUUUCAUUACCCAUUUAAUGGCGUUUAUACAUAGUUGCUCCCAAGUCACCAUAAUUACCAGAGGCUCGUGCCACACGUGCUCGACGUCGACAACUAAGGCCCGCUAAGAGUUUCGUGAGCCAGAAGGAAUAUCUGGAAUUGAAGACCCUCGAAAAACAGGAGAAAAUUAACCAAACAACUUUUAUUUUAAGCACAAGGUAGUCAGCCGGUCACCCAACCUAAAUUUUGUCUAAGCAAGUUCAACCAAUGUUACCAAGAGUUUAUAAUGGCUCCCUAAAGUUGUGUUAAACAACGCACGACCUCAAUUUACCCCACAUUGGUCUUAGGUCAGUGUUGGGUCAAUUGAAGCCUGUUGACACUUCAAGACAAACUACUUCAGCCGAGUCCUAUAGCUGCAGUCCAGAUAUAAGUUUCUAGUUUACAACAGAAAUCCUAACAGAAUCUUUUCUUCCAGUUACACCAUGUGACAGUGGACCCUGCAAAAAUGGAGGAAAUUGUACUGAUGAUGGAGUAAAAUGUUUCAAAUGUGAAUGUCUUUCUGGUUUCAAAGGAUCUGACUGUUCUGAAAUUGGUAAGAUAUGCAGACCUAGCUGAGGGAGAACGAAUUAUAUUAAUAUGUUUCGUUUACAUGGCUAGAAAUACCAUUAUAGCCCUGUGAAGUUCACAAAUUUUGUAUACCGUAAACCUCCGAAUAUAAGCCCCCCCCCCCGUGUAUAAGCCCAAGCCGGUUUUCCACUUCGCCCGUAUCGUACACCACAUGUACUAACGCUCACCUCAUUCCAAAUACAAGCCCCCCCCCCCGAAUAUAAGCCCAGCCACCCGAAUAUAAACACACUUGUCUUGUUUAUUACUAUUGUUUAUCAUUAUUGUUUAUCACUAUUACCACUAUUAAUCACUAUUAUUACUAUGCUUAACACUUGUUUAUCAUUACUAUACUUGUUUAUCACUAUUACACUAACACAAAAGAUCGCCCAUAUAUAACCCUCCCCCCCGGAUAUAAGCUCGCACCCCUUGUAUAAGCCCAUCAAAAAUCGCUUACGAAAGAAUAUAAGCCCAGGGCUUAUAGUCGGAGGUUUACGGGUAUUUGUAUUACGCGCGGGAAAAAUAACUAUUUUUGAGUAUUGUACUGAUGAGGCCAAGAUAUCGAUACAGAGGAUACUGCAAAUUCUUUUAAUUUGGAACUAUUAUAUUCCAUAUUGUAUUAUGAUAAAUGUACUUAUACUGGAGAUGAAAUAUGGAUAACUACCCAGUGCGCUCUUGUUUUGAAUACUAUUUUGAAUAUUCUUUUAGUUCAACCGUGCGAAAUUAAACCCUGUAAAAACAAUGGUAUUUGUGUUAAUGAAGAAGAAGGAAGGUUUACAUGCAAGUGUAGAGAGGGAUAUGGAGGAAUGUUUUGUGAUAGGAGAGGUGAUUUGCUUCAGUUGGUCAAUGUGUCGUUUGUACAACACCUACAUAGCAUAACACCAGGGGCGUAGUACGGUACUAGCCUCAAACAAGUAAGGGGAGGGACAAAUCGUUAGCUUGUCCAGGGGCACAAUUUUCUUUUUUUAGCGUCUGCAAAAUGCUAUUUCAUGCAUUUCAUGAUAAUUUGAAAGACACAGAUUCAGUGGUGUAUUUUAUGUCAUGCAUGAUGAAAAACAUUAAAAGGUUACGCCCCCUCGUUUCUCCUCACCUUUGAAAGAAUGGGACGGUGGGUGGUCCAGAACCACUUCCCUUGUAGCUACGCCUCUGCAUAUAACAGUUAAUAUUGAAUAUUCUAUCCACUCUUGAUCGAAUGAUCGGAAAGUCUCAUUCCAUUGUCUUUUCAUUGUUUCAAAAAUCCAUUAAAUCCUACUAUUUCUACAUACUAUCCAUUAACUCAUUGUUCUGAAUUAUUUCGCAUUUAUCCAUGGAGCUAUAGAUUCUGAAUUAGAUGCACAUGUAACAAGAAGAAGAAGAUCCUACUGUAUUUAAGUUGUAUAUAGCGAAGUUAUUUCCGUCGGGAACCUGGACCAUAUUAUCUCAUUUUCCGCACUCAAGCAAAUUCGGGAAUGGGAUUGGUAUUCCUAAAAAAACCCAAGUUGAUUCCAAAAACACUCGGAACGCCAUCUUCGUGCAGUCAGUAAUCAACAAUAUCGUUUCGACUUUAUUUAAACUCAAUGACUCUGAGAUAAAUAUCACAUCCCAUUUCGUGUCAGUUUGUGUUUAUUAUCAACAACUUACGUGAGUUUACAAGAUGGCAUUCUUCGCAGUUUUUGUGAUGUUAAGUAGGACAAUUUGACGCUUGUUCUUCGUUACAGAUGAUCUGUAUGGCUCCAAAAUUUUGAAUCGGAAUAAAAGAUACAUUGUUCAGUUAAAGAAAUGGCUUGGUGGCGCAAAGUCGUGGAGGUUAUGUUACCGUGCUACUGAUGUUGGUUUUGCAGCAUCUGCUUUCCAUACUCGAUGUGAUCAUAAGCACCCAACUGUCACCAUCAUCCGUUCUGGAUCCUAUAUCUUUGGCGCAUAUAGCGAUGUUGCUUUUGGAGGUUAGUUUAAAAAGCAGUCUGGCUCAUUGGCAGAAUUAGGUUACUCAACGAGAGAAAUAUUAAUACAAGAAAUGCCUAUUGUAGUAAACCAAUUAUUGCAUGGGCUGCCAUCAUCUUGGAUUGUUUUUCCAAUAAAAUCCUUCCAGUCGAUUUAAAAACAAUUUCAAUUCAAUAAACUUGUAACUCGAGUUUUAACUGUCUUCAUGCCAGACUCAAAUGCUAUUAUAUAGUUAAUAUUUUUCAAAAAUAUUUAUAUGAAUUUGCUUUUAAUCUUUUUUGUAAUUUUACUUUAGGUUCGACAGGUUACAGAGCCAGUACCAGAGCAUUUAUCUUCUCCUUCGUGAAUAAAGACAACCUCCCGCCCUUCAAAUCCCCUGUCUACAGGAACAGUGGAAAUGCUGUAUACACUAAUGCUGGUUACGGUCCUACAUUCGGCGGUGGCCAUGAUAUUCAUAUUUCAAAUAACGCCAAUGCAGGUACUAGUUCCUACACAAACCUUGGCCAUACCUAUCAACCACCAAGUGGAUAUUCAUACGGCACAGCCAGGGUGAGGAAUCUUCUCGCUGGCACAUAUAAAUUCAGACCUAAUGAGGUUGAAACAUUUUACGUAAACGGCUUGCGUUCUGGGUACCGAGUAUGAAUAUUUCAUUAUCAGUCCAUUAAUGCGCUUCACUAGCAGUCAAUGUUCUGUAUUCAGUUGUAUUUAUUUAAUUAAUUUGAAUUAAUAAUAAAUAUUACUCAUGUAAAGCGUCUUCAGUUUUCACUAAAUAAACGGUUUCACCUGACGUCAUCGCUGACAUGUUGGAUAAAUUUGACAAAGGAUCCAUUCUAUGCUCGCUGGUGGUCCUUGAAGGUUUGUUGCUGCAUUGCGCGCCUGUUGUUGGUCGUUAAUGUUGUUGUGCCUGUCACAGGAACCCUCAUGGACUAGGCUGGUCACGUGUCUUUUAGAUUUUGGGAUCGAGAUAACAAAAAUUUUACGUAUAAGUAUACGGGUGGGGGGCUAAGUUUGUUUUACCGAUCUAGUUGCCGAUCAAGAUGCCGAUAUCAAUUCGAUCACGGUUGAUUCGAUAAAGUUCAGAGUAGGUGUAAUUUAACAAAUCAUGUAAUUUUAAUGAAUAGCAAGAGCUUGUGUUGCAAAAUGAAUUGUUGAGAUGGUUUCGAAACAAACAGUCAAUAAAGUAAAUAGAACGUUG